AUGGAAUCAUGCAACGGUUGCCCUUUGCGUCUGCCUUUUUGUUUAGUGGAAUGUUGUUACGGCUCAUCCCUGUUGCAGCCUGCAUCUGUGCUCAUUUCUUUCUAAGGCUGAGUAAUAUUCCUUAUAUGGAUCAACCACAUUCUAUUUACCCAUUCGUCCGUUGAUAGAUAUUUGGGCCAUUUCCACCAUUUGGCUGUGGUGAAUCACGCUGCCAUGAGCGUGUGUGUACAGGUAUCUGUUUGACUCCCUUUUUUCUAUUAUUUGGUAUAUGUCUAGGCCUGGAAUUGUUGAGUCAUAUGAAAUUACCCCUGUGGUCUCCAUUGCCUACAAAGUCCUGGAAGUUUUCCCCAAAGGCCGCCGGGUGCUCAUAACCUGCCGUGCACCCCAGCCACCACCGCCCAUCACCUGUUCCCUCUGUGGAACCAAGAACAUCAAGGUGGCCAAGAAGGUGGUGAAGACCCACGAGCCGGCCUCCUUCAACCUCAACGUCACACUCAAGUCCAGUCCAGACCUGCUCACCUACUUCUGCCGGGCGUCCUCCACCUCAGGUGCCCAUGUGGACAGUGCCAGGCUGCAGAUGUACUGGGAGCUGUGGUCCAAGCCAGUGUCUGAGCUGCGGGCUAACUUCACUCUGCAGGACAGAGGGGCAGGCCCCAGGGUGGAGAUGAUCUGCCAGGCGUCCUUGGGCAGCCCACCUAUCACCUACAGCCUGAUCGGGAAGGAUGGGCAGGUCCACCUGCAGCAGAGACCACGCCACAGGCAGCCUGCCAACUUCUCCUUCCUGCCGAGCCAGACAUCGGACUGGUUCCGGUGCCAGGCUGCAAACAACGUCAAUGUCCAGCACAGCGCCCUCACAGUGGUGCCCCCAGGUGGUGACCAGAAGAUGGAGGACUGGCAGGAUCCCCUGGAGAGCCCCAUCCUUGCCUUGCCGCUCUGCAGGAGCACCCGCCGUCUGAGUGAAGAGGAGUUUGGGGGGUUCAGGAUAGGGAAUGGGGAGGUCAGAGGACGCAAAGCAGCAGCCAUGUAGAAUGAACCGUCCAGAGAGCCAAGCACGGCAGAGGACUGCAGGCCAUCAGCGUGCACUGUUCGUAUUUGGAGUUCAUGCAAAACGAGUGUGUUUUAGCUGCUCUUGCCACAAAAAAAAAAAAAAAAAAAAAAGGGUAACUAUGA